AUGCCUGCAACGCCCGACGACAAGGGUGACCCUUUGGCUUUGGCCAUGGAUGCGAAGAAGAGCUCCAAGCUGGGCUUGCUUUCUGGCGUGUACAUUCCCGUAUGCCUGAACAUUAUGAGCAUUCUCAUGUUUUUGCGGUUUGGCCUCAUUCUGGGACAGGUCGGAUUUCUGGGAAUAUUGGGACUGUUGGCCACUGCCUAUUGUGUUGAUCUCUUAACCACCUUGUCCCUGUCAGCCAUUGCUUCCAAUGGUGAGGUCAAGGGCGGCGGAGCAUACUAUCUGAUCUCGAGAUCGCUUGGUCCCGAAUUCGGAGGUUCCAUUGGAAUCUUGUUCUUCUUAGCCCAAGCUCUCAACACUGCCAUGAACAUUGUUGGUUUGAUUGACUGCAUUCGUCUAAAUGUUGGACCUAGCUUCCCAGAAGGAUAUUGGACAGGAUAUGGCUUGCAGCCAGCAGCAUUGGUCACAUGCACCUGCAUGUGUCUUUUGGGAUCAGCUACCUUUUCAAAGGCGUCUAAUUUAUUGUUGGCUAUAUUGACGGUAGCUGUGCUAAGUGUUCCAUUGUCUGCCAUCCUCAAGGCCCCAUUUCGAGACGAAGACGCUGGCAUUGUAUACACGGGGCUCAGUCUCAAUACUCUUGCCAACAAUCUUCUGCCGAGCUCUGACAAUCAUGUCUAUCAGGGAUUGCCAACAUUUCGAGACUUGUUUGGUAUUUUGUUCCCCGCCACUUCAGGUAUCUUUGCUGGUGCGUCCAUGUCUGGGGAUUUGAAAAAUCCAAGCAAGGUCAUACCAAAAGGCACACUGUGGGCCAUGCUAACAACCUUUGUUGUCUACUUUGUUGUGAUUCUCUCCAUGGCUUGCACCAUCUCCCGGGACUCCUUCUUCGCAAACGACAACAUUAUAUCUCUGACGAACCUGUCAGCGCCAAUCGUCCUCGCGGGGGAGUGUGCAGUUACCUUUUUCUCCGCCCUCAUGGGCAUCAUAGGCUCUGCGAAAUUGUUCCAGGCAUUGGCGCGUGACAAGCUACUGCCCGGACUGUCCAUCUUUGGCAGAGGGACCAAGAAGGCCGAUGAGCCUAUCCUUGCUAUUUUUCUCACAUACGCCAUUGCGCAGGUUGCCCUUCUUGCGGAUUUGAAUCAGAUUGCAACCUUCAUCUCCAUGGGUUAUCAGGUGAGUGUUGGCACGUUGGACAUGUUGGUUGGCGCUGACGACUUUCAGAUGACCUUUUUCGUUAUGAAUCUUGCUUGCUUUCUUCUCAAAAUUGGGUCUGCCCCAAACUUUCGUCCUAGUUUCAAGUUCUUCAAUUGGCAGACGGCUUGCAUUGGUAGUCUUCUGUCUGCUGCCGCCAUGUUCUUCAUUGAUGAGACCUAUGCAGCAAUUGCUAUUUGUGUGCUCAUUUUCGUGUUUCUACUGAUCCAUUACUUAUGCCCGCCUAAGCGAUGGGGCGAUGUGUCCCAGAAUCUCAUCUACCAUCAAGUACGAAAGUACUUGCUGCGAUUAAAGCCAGAACACAUCAAGUUUUGGCGACCACAUAUCAUUCUUCUCAUCAAUAACCCCCGGCGCCAGACGCGGUUAAUUCAAUUUUGCAAUUCCAUGAAGAAGGGGUCUCUUUACAUUCUGGGCCAUGUCAUCGUAACAGACGAUUUCAACUCUGGCGUGCACGAGGCUCGAUUGCAGCAACAUGCCUGGACUCGAUAUAUUUCCGAGUUUUCAAGAAUCAAGGCCUUUGUCCAGCUUACCAUGUCCCCUUCAAUUACCUGGGGGGUACGCAACUUGGUUCUGGCAGCCGGCCUUGGUGGCAUGCGUCCAAAUGUUGCUGUUUUGGGAUUCUAUAAUAUGGAUGACCUGCGGAAAUCAAACCCUGCGGUGGCUAUUCCGGAUGUGCCUGCAUCUCCAUCUGACAAGAUGAGACGCCCGUCAAAGUCGCAAGGCAAGGUCGCUAAGCGUAGGCGCGGAGAUACGUCUGCAAGACUACUUGAAGGGACAUUGCCUACCGACGUUAUUCGAACCGAAGGCAUGGUAUCUCCCACCGAUUACAUGAUCAUAUUAGAGGAUCUUGCAUUAAAAUACAGACUCAACGUUGCCAUAGCCCACGGAUUUGAUAAGCUGGAGACGCCCCGAAAUGAUGGGUCCAAUUCCAAAAGGUAUAUCGAUCUGUGGCCCAUUCAAAUGUCUGCUGAACUCUCUUCAGAUGGCAAGAGUGUGCUUACGACGAACUUUGACACUUAUACCCUCAUCUUACAAGUGGGACAUAUUUUGCGUAGUGUUCAAGCCUGGCGAAGAGUAUUUGCCCUACGUGUUUUGGUAUUUGUAGAGUAUGAGCAUGAAGUCGAGGAGGAGAGUGCUAGAGUCAAAGCUCUCUUGGAGAAACUGCGAAUUGAUGCGCAGGUCCUCGUCUUCUACUUGGCCUCUGGCCAUCUCAACACGUAUGAGCUUAUUGUUAACGGAAAAACCAAUGAUAUUGAUGCCGAAAUCAUUGUUGGCGAAGCCCUCAAGGAUGAGGAAUGGUGGGAGGACUUGCAGAUACUCCGCAGACAGGCCGAAGAGCUUUCCUCGAGCGAAGAGCUUUCUCAGCUGGCCCAGUUUUUGGAUUCGACGAGUGGGCGAUCUGGUGCAUAUAAUCCACACGACGAUCCGGGGAAUGCACGCCGUCAGAGUAUGGCUGAAGUUGUAGAGAUGCCUAGGAAGCCGGGCAUCGCCACGCUCUCUAAACUCGGAGUCAGCAUGGGGAUCCACACAACCCAUAUCAACGAAGAAGUUCUGCAUGAGCCCGAAUCAGACACAGAAUUUGAUACAGAUGUGGAGGGUUCUAUUGACGAUGAAGAAUUCGAAGUAGGUUCUAGGGACCCUUUUUGGGGCUCGGGAGAUGAAAUGGGAAAUCCAACACGGCGUCCAUUGCUCCAAUCUUCGCAGGACAGUGGUGCUGCAACGGAGCAGUCGUCAACAAAGUCUGGGCAAGGGCCAAGGUUGAGAGCCAUCGAGUCGAGCACUCAAGUUCCCUCAUAUGGCACUGUGAAUACGUCUCAGACGCUGGCAGACAAUCCCGAAUCCUCGGUUACAUUGCAUGUCCCCAAAGUUGCUGAAAUCGGCGCGAGCCCACCACAGGUAGAGACGAGCGUUAAGACCGACUCUUUUCCUAUCUUGGACCCUCUUCAAGUCCCAAAAUUUCCGCAUGGUGGUUCUCGACGAUCACGCUCCAUGAGCCCCUUGAAGGAUGGCAGUCGAGAUGGAACUGUUACACCGACGAGACCGAACUUUUCGCGACAGUCAUCUGCUGCUCGAUUCUCUAGUCGACCAGUGCCUGAAACCAAGAUUAUCGCCGAAGGCGAAGGCUCCAAGAUUAGUUUCGCACCGGCUGCGUCAAACACUCCGACGUCACGAGCUGAACGGCCAGUCUUUUCGAGACAAUCUUCGCUCGGCAAGUUUUCGAGUCGUCCGUUGCCUGAUACUAAAGUCAGCGGCGAAGAAGGCGCAAGAACAAUUUCAUUUGCAGAGCAGCCAGCAUCUCAGCCAGCGUCUCAACCGCAUUCGGGUUCCCAUUCACGACAUCACUCGAGACACGGCUCACAAUAUUCUAUGCAUGGUCAAGACACAGCCAACCUUGUUAUCCCAGAACACUCCGAACAAUCCACGGGUCAUGCACCAAAAAUGAACACCGAAGAAGAUAGCGGAGCAGCCACUUCGGGACAUGGCGUUGCGCUCUCAUUCAAUGAUUUGCCUAGUCGAGCGCAGCACUUGAUUCUCAACGAACUCAUGCAACAGCAUUCCAAAGACACGGGUGUCUUGAUGACAACGCUGCCUAUUCCUUCAGAAGGCACUAGCCUCGACGAAAUGUCUACAAUUCAGUAUCUUUCUGAUGUUGAACUUCUCUGCAACGAACUGCCGCCCACGUUGAUGGUCCUUAGCAACAACAUGACGGUCACAGUGAGUCUUUAG